AUGAAUGUUCGUCCUUUUGUUCAGCUAGACGAUCUCAACCCUGCUCUCGAUCAUUACAAAAUUAGAGUCCGUAUCAUAAGACUUUGGAAGUCAUUCAAGUCUCUACAGAUGGCCUUCGUUGACAGUGAUGGUACAAGGAUACAUGCAUCUAUUGAAGAUGGUUUGGUCAGCAGAUUUCAGAAUCAACUUGCAGUCGGCGAGUCUAAGAUAGUUGACACAUUCAACUUAGUAGAUUAUAAUAAUGUUAUCGCUCAGAUCGUUGGUGUAGGAAAUCUUGACAGCGUCAAAACAAAAGGGAAGGAUAACAUCAAAUUAAGUUUCGAUCUGCAAGAUUUGACGUAUGUUGAAGAUGAACCAAGUCCCCAAAACUCAAAGGUGACAUUAUAUGAGGACUUUUUUAUUAUUAACGAGAAGUCUACUAUGGACCAAAUCGUUUAUGCACUUGAGACGCGAACAUGUGUGACAAUCGCCACAAUUUUUUAUGUUGAAGUAUUGCCUAAAUGGUAUUAUAUUGCCUGUAAAGUUUGCAAUAAGAAGGUGCAGCCGUACCCACUAGAAUCUCAAUCUGGAAAAGAACUACUUUAUAGUUGUGGGGUUUGUGAUGCUGAUGUUACGGAUGUUGAUUACAAGUAUAAACUCAUACUUCAUGUCGGUUAUGGAAGUUCACAAAAGAUUAAACUGCUUUUCUUUGACGGUCUUGCUCAACUAUUUAUUAGAAAAAAAGCCGAAGAACUGGCUUUGGAAAAUUCAAAAGAGGAUAUUGCAGCUAUUCCCGAAUCUCUUUCGGUCUUAGUAGGGAAGACUAUGUUGUUUAAAAUUUCGAUUACAAUCGAUAAUUUAAAGAGCGACAAGUCUGCUUAUGUUGUUGAAAAGUUUUGGGAAAAAGAUGAGAUGGUUGUUCAAUUCCGCAAGGAACUCUAUGGAAGGAAUGAACUUUCAAAUACUAAUUCGGAUACGAAUGAUCAUAAGUUGCAAAUCGUCCCAGCUGAAUCGAGGUUGGCUUCAUCUAAGAGAGAUCAUACAGAAACCGAUGUUUUGUCGGCCGGGGGUCAUAGCAUUAAGACAAGGAAAAAGAUCAAAACUGAAUCUAAAGACUGA